CCUCAGAUUUUUGACCGGGCACCCGCUGGAGUGAAUCAGAUGCUGACUAAUCACUGAUUAUCCAAGUUCGGAGCCGCACCACACCUAUCAAGCGCAUUCUUUCUCUAACGACCAUCUUGUCUCAAUACAUCCCCACUCAGUUCUCAAAUCUAUCUAUUUCUUCACAUCGCAUGAACGUGCAGAACCUCAACGCUUUCGAUCCUUUUGCUGACGAGGGUGAUCCUCUCGGAGGCAACCAAGACGUUGGGUCCCAGCAGAAUUAUCUUCAUAUCCGUAUUCAGCAGAGGAACGGAAGGAAGACUUUGACCACGUUGCAGGGAUUACCCAAAGAGUAUGAUCCCAAAAAACUCUUGAAGGCUUUCAAGAAGGAGUUCGCUUGCAACGGCACACUCGUCGACGACGAGGAAAUGGGACAAGUCAUCCAGCUUCAGGGUGAUCAGAGGCUUAAGAUUGUUCACUUCCUUACGGAGGAGGGCAUUCCGAAGAACACCAUCAAGCUGCAUGGGUUCUAGUUCAUGUCGUUGAAGGAGGUAUCCAAGCUUUUGAAGUUGACGCCAAUGUUUCUGUCAGUACGGUUCUCCUUUUUCACUUACUCGUGGAUAUGUAUGUCGUUUGUACCACCACCAGUUGUUGAACAAUUAGAUGUUUUCUCAUGUACUAAGUUUUCA